AUGAGGGCCAGGCCCGCGCACCUUGCAGCGAUGGCAUUGAAGCUCUUUCUGCCCCUCAGCGAGGAGGACUGCCAGGGCGAUGAGUGGUGGUGCCUGCAUGCCAGCGCCGAAUUUUCAGAAGGCGACCACCAGGGCGACUGGUGGUGGGCAAUGCAGGCGAAGCACGCGGAGCCGGAGCGAUGCAGGCCAGAUCUGGUGAUCCUCACCUCUGACCGGUGGCUUCGUCAGCACCGUCCCUAUUGGGACUUGCUGUCGUUCACCUUCCGCUUCCACACGGAAAAGGCCCGCACAUGGUUUGGGCUGCUGAAAGACGAAGAUCACUGGGGCAGCGAGGCCUAUGGUUGCUCUUGUCUCUGGCAAAGGGACUCAGAAACUAGCCGAUUGGACAUGUUCCUUUUUGCAGAUCGCCUACCUCGCCAACUGCAACUGGAGUUACUGUACUACACGCUGGAUGUUUGGGGAUUGCUGACAAGCGAUGCAGAGCGUGCACAUGUGGUUUAG